UGAUUCACAGUGUGCUGGAGAUCUGCUCUAUUAUUUCUAGUAUAGACCGUGCCUUUCAUGCAAAUACAUGGAAAUUCAUCAUCAAGCAGAGUCUCAGGCAUAAGUCACUGAUAAGGAACAGCUUGAAACAUUCUGAUAUCUACAGUGGCCUUUGUGAAAACAUCUUGUUUUCUUUGGAGUCUUGUUUGCAGCUAGCUGAACAGAUGACACAGUCUGGAACCCAGGAGACCACCGAUUAUAAAUUGUUCCAGAGGACAAUCAAAUUGUGUAGAUUUUUUGCCAAUUCUCUGGUACACUAUACCAAGGAGUUCAUUCCUUUCUUGGUGGACUCCUGUUCUCAGCUUCAUCAAACAUAUCUUCAGAUAUACAGCAAGUUUCCUCCAAGCCUUCAUGCUCCAGUGAUUUCUGAGGCUCAUCACAGUGAAAUAGCAAGGGAAUUCCUAAUGGCAUUGGAUCCACUUCUCCUUCAUCUGCUUUCUUUUCGGCCUUUUCUCGAAGUGGUAUUAAGCAAAACUUCAGAUCUCUCCCCUGAUCUGUACCUUCCACAAUGUCGUCUUCUAAUAUCUGUAAUGGACAAACUGCCAUCUGAAACCCAGGAUGUGCAAGCUCUUUGGAACACAGGAAGUCAGCUCCCAGAAGAAAUUCCCAGGAUGCCCUUGUUUACAGCCCUCUUCCACAGUCUUCAGCAGUGCUCUGGUGAGCUUUCCCUCCCUAUUGUUUUGCCAAGAGCAACAGGAACAGAGCAAGUGGAGCAUUCUGCCACGUUUUAUCACUAUGUCUGCAUCCGCUUGUGUGCCUUUAUCACAUCCCUCUCUGCAUCACAUUUCCAUCUACUGGAAUGCUCCCUGUUAGAGACUAUUCUUGCAUCUAAUAUGAUCACUACUCUCCUAGCUAUGGAUGCUUGGUGCUUCCUUGCCCGGUAUGGAACAGCAGAUCUGUGUUCUCAUCAUACAUUUAUUGUAGCGUACCUGAUAAAAGCCUGUCCUGCUGACUGUUACCAGGUUGUUCUGUUAGGGGUCCUGUUAAAACGUCUGCUAUUCUUCAUGUCAUCUGAUCACCAGGUAAAAUUUACCGAAUUAUUUCCUCCCAAAAAUCCAGAGAAUCUGUUGUUGUGGCAACAUCUUUCUCUCCAAGCACUCAUACCUUUGCUUAAACAUCAAGUUGCUCAUGAGAUUUUUAUAAUGGGACUUGCUCAAUGUCAGGAGUGGCUGAGCAAUGAAAAGUCACUGGAAGAGCUUCCACAAAUGAACACUGCUCUCUCUGCCUUGCUGUCUAUGUGCCAAACUGCUAGGGAGACCUUGGAAGCAGGACAACGAAUGGUGCUUGUUGGAGCCAUCUGCAAACUCUUGACAGUGUUACACGUCACACAGGUGUCCAGUGUGCCCUGCCUGUGGCAGGCCUUUUGUCUGAUAUUUCAACUUCUGCAGCUUUUCAUUCAAAUGUUAGAGCCUCAAGUUCUAAUUCAGGUGUUAACAGUACAGAUUGCCCUCAUCCAACUGAAUCCACCAGAUCAUGUUCUCCUUGCAAUCUUAGACUUUCUCUCUUCAAUGGGGAAACCCUUUAUUCCACCAGAUUUCCAGGUACAGGUACUGUCCAAGCUGUCAUCUGUAUUUGCUACAUUGCUGGCAUGCAAUAAUUGGUUGAUUCAACAAAAUGCCACAGAGGCAUUCACUCAGUUUGCAGAGGAAACAAAUCAUGAAGAAAUACUUCCCCAGUGUGUUAACUCUGAAGAAAUUAAAAGCAAAGUGGUUGGAUUCAUCUCAAAGACCCACCACGUAGAGGAGACAGCAGAAGCAAGAAUGGAACGAAUGAAAAUGGAAAAUGCUGUUCUCAGAUGUCACUUACUGGGGGGCACAGCAGACCAGCCACCAGCUUUAGUUGUAGAGCCUUCCCCCAAAAGAGCCUGCUACUCUCCCAGGGAGGCACAGUACAAAUCUGCAGUUGACACAGUUGAAGAGGCACUUGAGGCGGUGAAGCUGCUGCUACAGAGGGGCCCACCGCCCACUUGGCUCCCAAAGAAACUUGAAACAUUACAGAUGGAGCUGAACAGUUUGAAGAACAGCAUCCAUUGAUAAAUUUAAUGUUCCUGGAUAAUUCUAGGGUAAUUUCAGAAUGGCGUUGUUAACCACCCUUUAUCCAAGACUGCUGGAAGCCAAAGAUACAAAUUGCAUCCCACUACUGUACUUGUGAAUCUAGAUGUGUGUGUUGCACUUGGUUUAUUUAUACAAGUUGUAGGGACUUGGUGAAUGGAAAAGAUAGCAAGAUAUGGUACGUGACUCAACAGACAAAAAUAAAUGUCAUUUUUCCAUACUUAUUUCUUUCCUCUUUAGCCAGCCGUUACUAUCAAAAUAUUACAAGUCUGUUAAACCACCAGCUGUAGGACAUUUUAGAAAUUAAAACUGUCCAGUGUUAAGAAAAAGAUUUAUGCUGUACCAUUGCUCUUGCAAUUAUAAUUUAAAUCCACACCUAAUCUCACUGUA